ACAGAGCCAGACACUUUUCAGGAUGUAUGUAUAGAAAUUAAAAGACCAACAUUCGAAAAACCAUUCUUGGGUGGAUUUAGACAUAAGGAAACAGGCACAGAAUAUCAUAAUGCAGGAUCACAGACAGAUCCCAAAAAACGUCUAGACAAAGAAUAUGAAGAAUUCUGUAGGUCAACACAGACAGUGGUAGAAAGAAAGAAAUUACAACAGACCAUAAAUACAACUUCUACACAAAUGACAAAAAUUGGUGUUUAUGUGUCAAAUGUCACUGAUAAGCUUAUAGAACCAAAGCCAUAUGUUACAGCUGAAGAAUAUCAUGCACGACGACUUAAGGCGAUCAUCGUAAUCCAAACCUAUUAUCGACGAUGGCUAGCUAUUCAAUGGGUAAACAAACUAAAAGAACAGUUAAGAUUGAGACUGGAAUGGGAAAGGCAAGAAGAACUAAGAAAACAGAGAGAGAGGGAAUUAAAAUUGCUAAGGGAGUAUAAUCGAAGAAUGCAUCCUAAAACAAAGGAUGAUUUUGAAUUACUUUAUCAUGCCUUAGAAU